AUGUCGAAGUCAAACACACGAAGUAUAGACUCGAGAAGGAGAGGUCGUUCAGGAUCUUUACAGCGAUCCAGAUCGACAACAACUAUGAAAAUCGUCGAUGGAAAUACAUUGGUAAAACACAUUCCUGAAAACACAAUUCUUCGCGAAUUACGGAGAUGUGUGGAGCAGUUGAAGAAGAAAAAUAUGAACCUUCGACAACAGCUGGAGAGACGAACUAGCAACUCGUCAAUAUCGUCGAUGGAAAGGGAAAGUGGAGAGAUAUCAGUCAAUGGUUCUACUGGAUUGAUAUCUGGAAGUAUACAAGAAGUUGAGCAGUUGAAGAAGAAUAGAGAACACACGAAGUCUUCUAGUCAGAAGCAGAAAGACACACCAAAAACAAAAUGCACCAAGAAUAGUUGGAAGGAAAAACGCAAGGCAGUUUGUGGGUCCACUAUUAAGGCCAAGGAGAAUCAAGAGCACACAUUGUUGGAACGAUAUGAAGAAUAUCGGGAGUGCCUAGGAUUCGUUGGUGAUCGUCAUUCGGAGGAGCGAAUAGUUGAUUCGUGUUGGACCGUGGCGAGGGGUACUCAGAGUGAGGACCGAGUGGUGACAUGUUGGGUGGAUGUGUAUGAUGGCGAAAGUGCCAAACGUUGUGGUGGCGGAGAAGUAGCUGAGGAUGUUGGACACAAGCCGGUUGAUGUUCCAAUUGGGCUGCCGUGUGAUAUCAAGAUAUGGAAUCUUGAUAUGGCCAAACAACGUCGAGAGGAGCAGGAACAUCGGAAUAGUACGAUGGCUACCUCGAAUAUGAAAAUGGAUGAAAGAGUCCAUAGUAUAUACAAUAGAUACACCAAGAUGGGUGAAAUAUCUCGUGGUAUAUACAACGAUGCGAUGGUUCGUAGCAACGAUUGGUUUAUCGUGCGAAUGUUGAAACAUCGAGUGUUAUUCGUUAUACGGACAUCAGUUUGGUCAAAACUUGUCGUAUUAUCGAAGUUAUGGAGUUGGUGGAAAACAACCGAAGUGAAUCGGUCAUACUUCUUGAAAUACUGGGAGAAGGUUGCAAUAUUUGGAACUGUGGUGUCUUUCGUGGACAAAAUACAUCAAGUGAUAUUAUUAUCUGGUUUGAUCGUAGUAUUGGUUCGCAAAUGCAGCUUCUAUGAUUGUAUUGGAAAAAGGAGAAAUGGCGAUGACUGGAAACACUGUGGGCGAAAAGAAUGUAUGUCAACGGAUCCAAAGAAUAUGAGUUAUGAUUUGGAAUGGAAAGACAACAUUGAGAUUACUGUUUGUUGGAUGGAUGCUAGUAAUUGGUAUGAAUACAAUUCAUACAAUGAAACAAUACACUUUGAGAACGAUGGAGGAGUGGUCUACGUGAGCGUGACACUGGAAAUAGCAUAUCUAUCUAGAGCAUCGAAGGAUGACGUGGAAAACAUCAGUAGAGAAGAAGACUCGCAUACACAGUAUAUCGGGGAUGGAAAAUACGAUAUUUGGUUGUAUCAAACUAACUUGGAUUGCUGCAAGCAAGUCGAAUGUGUGUCGGAUCUCAUUCAUGAGUUGAAAUGGGAAGACAGCAUUAGAUAUGUGUGUUGGAUCGGUGCCAAAUCAAAAGAGCCUGGAGUUCCAGAGCAUCUCGUAGCAGACAACGAAACGCAAUUGGUAUCUGAUGAAAUCAAAUACACAUGUGAGGAGUUUGGCAUUAAACACGCUUAUACAUCAGCUGACAAUUCUCAACGUAAUGGAGAAGCAGAAAUAUUUGUCAAUAAUCUGAAACAAGGAUGGAACAAGCUGAAGGGAGAUGGAAACACAACUGAUACAAUGCGAAAUCAGCUUAUCUCGUGUUCAAUUCUUGAUACAUCAUUAUUUGGUGUGAUACCUGCUGCUGACAAGUAUAUUGGUUAUUGUUGGAGCAAAAUAUUCUCAUUGAUUCCGAAAGGGGAAGAGGAAGGUGUGAAUGCAGACAAAUACAAGAUACAAGCUGAUGAAAAAGCGACUAUUAUCGAAAAUUCAAUCGGUACCACGCGCUCUACCGCACAAACGCGCGCGAAAACAAACAGAUGUUUUUCAUUUGAAAAUUUGUUUGUUUUUAUUUUCUUUUUUCGUCAUUUUCUUUCGUUCAACUUAUGUUUUUGUUGUUAUAUUUGUUUUUCUUCGAUAAAUUCUUGGUUUUGGAUGGAAUAUCGGAUGAUAUAGGUGCUAAAUAUGCUAAUCAAUGGUUUUUUCAGUUGGAUAUUCAUUGAUACGUGAUGUAUGAAGCGAGUGAGAUGGAUUUUAUUGUAUUAAUGACUUACUCGAAUCGAAUCCUCAAAAAUGCAAGUCAUUUAUGAUGUGGCAGUAUGAAAUGUGAGAAUAUUUUCGUUUGAAUAACCCGAAUGUUAUGAUUUUGGAUGGAUUUAUGUCAACUUAUGAUUAUGUUAUGAUUUUGGCUGGAUUUAUGUCAAAUUACGUUUAUGUUAUGAUUUUGGCUGCACUUAUGUGA